GAUCAGGCGCGUUGUUGAUCGUUUCAACUGCACUCCGAUUUGAGCUAGAACUAGCUAUCCAAUGGUUGACUCGAAGAUGCUUUCCAGGGUCGCUGGGCCCAUGGUCAAUCAAUCCGACCUCCCAUUUCGGACUCUCGUGCAGCGUUACAACACGACCCUAGUCUACACGCAGAUGCUCAAGCCUGACCGCCUUUUAAACGAACGCGACUAUCUGGAUUUUCAUUUGCGGGAUCUGUCACUCCUCCCUGCCACUGAAGAGCAUCCCGUGGUGAUACAAAUUUGCGGCAACGAUCCUCAGCAGAUCGUUGAUGCGGGGCGGAAAGUGCAGAACUAUUGCCAAGGAAUCGAUCUGAAUUUGGGGUGUCCGCAACAGUCCGCUAUGGACGAACAUUUCGGAGCGUACCUGCUCAGCCCACGGGAUUGGCCCCUGGUGGAAAACAUCGUUUUGCUUCACAGUUUCGUGUAUGGCUCAUUCUUUCACCGUUCCAGUCUCCGCCAAACUGCGACUGUGCCAGCCAGCUACGAAGACGCGCGAAUUGGCUCAGCGACUGGAAGCGAGCGGCGUGUCUUGGCUCACUUUGCAUGCCCGCACGGUCUCUGCGAGACACAGACGCCACGGUCCAGCUGAUCUCGCUCAGGUCAAGAUUCUGAAAGACGUUCUUCGAGUCCCGGUCGUCAGCAAUGGGAACGUUCGUACUUGGGACUGUCUUCGUCGAAAUUUGGAUGAAACUGGAGCUGAUGGGCUUAUGGUUGCAGAAACUCUGCUGGGCAAUCCGUGUCUGUUCUCAGAUAAUCAUCUUCUACCUGAUCCCGUUGUGAUUUCUCUCGAGUACCUUGCGCUCUGCAAGGAACUGGAAACGGCUACGCUCCCCACAAUCGCUGCACAUGUCAAGAAUAUCUUCGGGUUCCAAUGUGAUCGGAAACCUUGGUACAACGCCUUCAAAUCUUUGUUGGAAAAAUGCACAGAUCUGGCUGAGAUCGAGGCCUUGCUACAGGGACAGGUUGGACGAUGGAGACGCGGGUCCGAGCCAUCGAGUGUACCAAUCGCUGCGGAGCCAGAUUCAGCAUCUGAUGGUAUCGAAGAUUUGUUCUUAUAACGUCUGGUUUAGUUUGUUUUGAAGCGUUACCGAUGUACCCACACAACUGGCUCAACUUGGCUCAACUUGCUUCUAACCAGCUCGACCAUGGCUUAUGUGGACGGUGAUCGCUUGCGAGCGGCUAAUGUAGCGCUGCCCAGGAGAGACUUGCCGUCUCACACUUUCCCCUUCAGCGUCUGCUGUUCCAUCAUUUCGAGUUGGUCGCCUCUCACUGGGGACGGCCAAGCGCACUGGAAAGGUUGCCAUAGGGUGAACCAGGACAAAAAUCAGCAUUGAAUGUUGUUCUCGUUGGACACGUUGUCUUUCGCUGCCCCAGGCACGAACGGAGCUCGCGUUCGGACCCAGAAGAGAUCGAGGCGACGGUGUACCUCUUUCUCAGCCGUGGCCGACACGAAGUAGUACGCCGGCGCCAACGAGCAAAUUUUCGGCAAUAUGGACUGAAAGGCCAAGGGCGUGUUGAUGGAAACCAAGCUCUUCUCUGUGCCGCCCGAACUGGGGCUCAAGCACAUCGGCGAUCAUUCGCCUGAGAGCAUCCGCAAGUUCUGCCAGAUGUCGCUCGACGCUCUCAAGACUGAACAGGUCGAGAUGUGGUAUCUGCACGGCCCUGACCACCGCAACUCUUUCGAAGAUUCGCUUCGCGCGGUCAACGAACUCUACAAGGAGGAGAAAUUCAAACGCCUAGGCAUCAGCAACUACACUGCCUGGGGGGUUGCCGAGAUCGUCGGGAUCUGCGAACGGCAUGGAUGGGUGAAGCCUACGGCAUACGAAGGACUUUACAACGCGAUCCACCGGGCGGCGGAGCCAGAACUGUUUCCCUGUCUUCGCAAGUUUGGGAUUGCGUUCUACGAAUAUAACCCACGUCAGUAUGACGUCUUGGCGGAGGCUUCUUCACUGGGCGUUACACCGGCGCAGACAGUGGAGCGGACCCUGGGUCUCGCUUCGACAGCAGCCAUGCAGCUGGCACGGCAAGUCAUGUACCGGAAGCGCUACUGGAAUGACAGCUACUUUGAAGCACUUGCCGAGAUCAAACGGGUUGGCGAGAAACAUGGGCUCACGUUGCCCGAGAUUGCGCUGCGCUGGAUUAAUCACCACUCUCUCAUGAAAAGGGAGCACGGUGACUCGAUCCUCAUCGGUGCUUCUCGGAAGUCGCAUCUAGAACAGAAUCUCGUCGAUCUUGAGAAGGGACCCUUGCCAGAGGAAGUGGUCAAGGUGCUGGACGACAUGUGGGAUACGAAGCUCAAAGGUGUUUGCUCAAGCUAUGCAUUCCAAAUAACAUCAAAGAUAUAA